CAAUACUCGGACAAAACGUACUUGAGGGACGCCAUGCCAACUGGGUUCGCUGUAGAUCCGACCCAACCUUCUUAGAAAACCUCAUUCAGGCUGCAGGAGGGUUUUAGAAAACAAGAAACCUAUCUCUCUCUCGGGAAGAAGCAAAGGAAGAUGGCAACUGGUGCCUGUGCCAGGAGAGUGGCGCGUUCUUCGGUUGGCAACACUUUCAGGUCAUUCAUGUUAGGGAAGACUAAAACUAGUGUGGGUGUGCCUUCUUCCGCUCCACCCACACUUCCGUUCUCUUCCCUCCCAAAGCGCUGUCAUGUCUCAAGGUUGCCUAGGAUCUUGGGAUCUGCUGAAUCUUUGAUGCCACUCCACAGCGUUACUGCAUCUGCUUUGCUGACUUCAAUGCUUUCUGAUAAAUCUCAAAACUGGGGGUGGCUAUCAGAAGGUUUUGCUACACCGCUAUAACAGGAUGUGUGAUGUGGAGGGAAUGAGCUGAACAAGCGAAUCUCGAUUCCCGUUUUGGGUAAUCGUUUUUAUUUGUUGCAGUAUAAUUUUCUGGCUUCAGAAUGAGCUGAACAAGCGAAUGUCGAUUCCCGUUUUGGGUAAUCGUUUUUAUUUGUUGCAGUAUAAUUUUCUGGCUUCAGAAACAAUUAUUUUGGGUACUCGCAUUCAAAGGCCAUUUCUAGAACAUUGAUGUUUGCUUCCUUUCUGUUGAGAAAUCUAGGAAAGAAUAUUCCUGAGUA